AUGGCGGCGACGGCACUCAUGGCAUCAAAGGCUGAAUCCUUUGUAGACAACAAACGGAAGGAGGAUGUCCGUUUCUCGAACAUCAACUCUGCUCGCGCCGUCUCAGACUCCGUUCGCACGAGUCUAGGGCCGAAGGGGAUGGACAAGAUGAUUUCGAGUGCGAGCGGCGAGGUCAUCAUCACCAACGAUGGAGCUACGAUCCUCAACAAGAUGGAGGUUUUGCAGCCGGCGGCGAAGAUGCUGGUCGAGCUCUCCAAAUCGCAGGACUCCGCCGCCGGAGAUGGGACCACCACCGUCGUCGUGUUAGCCGGUGCGCUUCUCAAGGAGUGUCAAACCCUUCUCACGGCCGGGAUCCACCCUAGUGUCAUCUCGGAUGCGCUUCACCAGACUUGUGCGAAGUCGGUUGAUAUCCUGACCGCCAUGGCUGUCCCUGUGGAGCUCACUGACCGAGAUUCGCUCGUCAAAUCCGCCAGCACGUCGCUUAACAGUAAGGUCGUUAGCCAGCACUCGGCGUUGCUUGCUCCUUUAGCUGUAGAUGCUGUACUUUCCGUUAUAGAUCCGGCAAAGCCAGACGUAGUGGAUUUGCGUGAUAUCAAGAUUGUGAAGAAGCUUGGUGGUACCGUGGAUGACACGCAUAAGGUGAAAGGUUUGGUUUUCGACAAGAAGGUGAGCCAUGCCGCUGGUGGACCGACUCGGAUGGAGAAUGCUAAGAUCGCUGUGAUUCAGUUCCACAUCUCACCCCCCAAGACUGACAUCGAGCAAAUUAUUGCUGUCAGUGAAUAUACUCAGAUGGAUAGGAUCUUGAAAGAAGAGAGGAAUUACUACAAGAGGAUGAUUGAAAAGAUCAAGGCAUCUGGUUGCAACGUUUUACUCAUCCAGAAGAGUAUUUUGAGGGAUGCUGUGACUGAUUUGUCUCUUUUCUAUUUGGCUAAAGCCAAAAUAAUGGUAAUCAAGGAUGUGGAGAGGGAUGAGAUUGAGUUCGUCACCAAGACAUUGAACUGCCUGCCAAUCGCCAAUAUCGAGCAUUUCAGAGCUGAGAAGCUUGGCCAUGCUGAUCUUGUUGAAGAAGCCUCUCUUGGAGAUGGAAAGAUUCUAAAGAUCACUGGAAUCAAAGACAUGGGGAGAACCAUCUCUGUGCUAGUCCGUGGGUCCAACCAGCUUGUUCUAGACGAAGCCGAGAGGAGUCUACACGAUGCAUUGUGUGUUGUCAGGUGCCUUGUGAGCAAGAGGUUCUUGAUUGCAGGAGGUGGCGCACCGGAGAUUGAGCUCUCGAGGCAGCUAGGUGAUUGGGCCAAGGUCCUCCACGGGAUGGAAGGUCACUGUGUCAAGUCUUUCGCUGAAGCUCUUGAGGUGAUUCCUUACACUCUGGCCGAGAACGCAGGGUUGAACCCUAUUGCCAUUGUGACUGAGCUCAGGAACAAGCAUGCGCAAGGGGAAAUCAACUCCGGGAUCAAUGUGAGAAAGGGUCAGAUCACUGAUAUCUUGGAGGAAAACGUGGUUCAGCCUCUGCUUGUGACUACCAGUGCCAUCACUCUCGCAACUGAAUGCGUAAGGAUGAUUUUGAAGAUUGAUGACAUCGUUACCGUGAGGUAG